CCAAUAGCGGUUUGCCGUGAAUUAGUUUCAAAAAUUCAUUCAAGGAUAGUGUAAGCCCUUUUCUUCAAGAUGACAACUAAUGCUGUAGUACUUUAUAAAAAAAAAGGAGAAAUCUCAGGGAUCUGAAGGCUGUACAUAAUCGUAUAAAGCCUGAAUAUUCCCCCUUUUUCACUAUCUAAAUAAGUGAGUCCUCUUACAUUGACCCAGAGGAUAUGGUGUGUUGAGUUUCUCAGGGUCAGGGAGGUGUGGGAGAGAUAAGGGCAAAGAUGGGUUCUUUUGCAGCUAUCUCUGUUCUUGUUUUGGGUUUGGUUUUGAAUGCUGCAGUGCUGUGUAAUGGAGGAAAAACUAGUAGAUUUGUGAGGAAACUGGAGAAAACUGAGGACAUGCCUCUUGACACUGAUGUCUUCAGAGUCCCCCAUGGCUACAAUGCACCUCAACAGGUUCAUAUAACACAAGGAGAUCAUGAGGGGAAAGGUGUGAUCGUGUCAUGGGUGACUCCAGAUGAGCCUGGCUCCAACACAGUCGUUUACUGGAAGGAGGACACCAAGGACAAGAAAAAGGCAGAGGGCAAAGUCUAUACCUAUAAGACUGAGACACCAUGGUUAAUUGUUCUAAUGCAUUCUCCAUGGUAUAAUAGCUACAACUACCAUUAUAUGGAAGGGGAAUCCAUGAGAGUAAUGUUUGAGAAGUGGUUCGUGAAGUACAAGGUUGAUGUUGUAUUUGCUGGUCAUGUCCAUGCGUACGAGCGAUCUGAGCGAGUAUCCAACAUUGCAUACAAUAUCUCAAAUGGCAUUUGUGUUCCUGUAAAGGAUCAAUCUGCACCGGUAUACAUAACAAUCGGAGAUGGAGGCAAUCUUGAAGGCUUAGCAACCAACAUGACAGAGCCACAGCCAGCUUACUCUGCAUACCGAGAAGCCAGUUUUGGUCAUGCCAUGUUCUCUAUAAAGAACCGGACUCAUGCUUACUAUAGCUGGCACCGCAAUCAAGACGGAUAUGCUGUUGAAGCUGAUUCAAUGUGGUUUUUCAACAGAUUCUGGCAUCCAAUUGAUGAAUCUCCAGAAUCAGUGUAACAAAAAAAAAUUGCCUCUUCUGGACUCCAAAUCUUCCAUUCAUCUUACCUAUGUAAAACAUUAGAAUUUACGGGUUACGAAUAAAAAUGGAGAGAUUUUUGUGUUUAGUGUAAUUUAGAUAUUAAAAUGAUUAAAAUAUU